AUGGCGAGGGCGGAGGCCAACUGGGAGCGGCUGGUGGGCGCGGCGCUGCGCGGGGUGCGGCUCGUCGGUGCCUACGGGAAGCCAGUCACCGGCAUCGCCGGGAACGUGCCGUCGUCGCUCGGCAACAACGUGCACAUCGAGGAGGUGCUCCGCGCCGCCGCCGAGAUCCAGGAUGAAGACCCCACAGUCGCAGGCCAGAUCUGGCGAGCCCAUGUGUGGGGGCUGCUGCUAGUGGUGGAUCGACGCGGAGGACGGAGUGGUGGUGCCUAG